AUGUCUACGACACAGGAAGACUAUUUUGGCGACGCCAUCAAUUCCGAUGCGCCGGAGACCCGUCCAAAGCAUCAUCAUCACCAUCGCCGCCAUAAACAUAGUAAACCUCGUACAUAUACUCCACCAGAUUCAGAAGCCGAGCCUGUUUCUCCUGGAGAAACAUACCCUGACGAAAGAGAAUACAAAAAACCAAGUCGUCGACACCACCGACAUCGUGAAGCUCCACCAACUACUUAUGAUCGGGAAAGAUCAGAUACCGAUACUGAUAUCGAUGUCGAUAGUAUCGACGACGGUAAAAGAAGAAGAAGAAAAAAGCAUAGACAUAGACAUCGAGAAAGGGUUCCAGACGACGCAAGCAGCAUUGUCGCUGAACCGGAGAGUGAGACUGAUGACGAUAGAAGCCAUAAGGGGUCUACUACAUCCUCCCACGGGAGAAUGAGAACUCGCGAUAGAGCAAAGAGUGCAGGAGAAUCUGCCAUCACCGCCUUGGGUCUUGGAGAGACCUAUAGGAGGGCUAGAUCAAAGAGUCGAGGGAGAAGGUCACCUGCCGAUUCGGAUGAGGGAUACGAUUCCAACAGUGAGGUUGAUCGGAGGUCUAGAUCACGGUCAAAGGGAAAUGGGACUACAGCACAAGCUGCGGUUAUUGCUGCAGUAGUUGAAGCGUUCAGGGCCAGGAAGGAACCAGGGGGUGUAACAGGAUCAAAGAGUUUAAAGAGAAUAGUCGAAGCCGCUGUUGCUAGUGGCGUAGUCGAGAAGAUCUUGGAUCGGAAGGGUGGUGAGGAAAACGGGAAAGGGAACAGGAGAAUUGCAGAAGCAGUGUUAGCCGGACUGGCAGCCCAAAGAGGCCUUAACGGGAGAAGGCAGAGGCAGAGAGGUGAUGGAGACGAUAAAGCAAGCCGGGUCAAGGAUUUAGCAACUAGUGGACUUAUCGCAGCGGCUGGUAAGAAGUUCCUAGACUAUCAGAGAUCGAGGUCGCAAUCCAGACCGCGAGGAAGAUCUGAUAGCGAAUCACCAGAACGACCUGGAUUGGAUCGUCGCCGGAGCCGAAGUAUGGGCGAAGCGCUUGCAGCCCUCGGUCUCGGCGGUCUUGCAGCAGAGCGAUUCGGACGCAGCCGUCGGGAUAGCCGCGGGUCCAAAUCGUCUCGAAGGUCAAAUGGCGACCGAGAUGAUUCUUCCUCCGACAGUAGCCUUUCCGAUUCUGACCUGUCGAUCGACGAAUCAACGGAGAAAGACCGCCUUAAGAGGCUUCGCCGCAAAGAAAUUAUCAGCGUAGCCCUUGCCCUGCUUGCAACCAUUAAUCUUGGCCAUGUUAGUUAUGAAGCCCGUGAGAAGCGAGCCCUUCGAAAGGAAAAGGUUGAAUCCGGAAGAAUCAACGAAGAUGAAUCCGACAAAUUAAGAAACAAAGCUCUCCUCAAGGAUGCAACUGCUGUCGGCCUCGCUAUUCUUGCCGCUGCUGAAGCCGUCAAAGCUUUCAAGAAAGCACAGGAGAGUCGUCACAGUUACAAUGAGUUCUGCGAAAAAAGACCAAGAAUUGAACAACAUCGCCGCCAAAAAUUGAUAAAAGAGGCGAUUGCAGAAGAAAGAACCCGUUCACCACCCGGAGUUGAUUCUAGCAGAUAUUAUAGCCAGCCAGGGUAUAUGGGCCCCCCACCAGGAUCAAGAGCGAACGUCUCUGGAUACCCAGCGUAUCCGAGUUCAGGGCCCAUUCCAACCUACGGUGGCCGAGAUGCUUAUAGCACGAGAGAUGGAAGGGAAAUUCCAGUGGUAUAUCCCAGCAGCGUUACCCAUGCUUAG